CCUCCAUGCAAACACAAACGUGACAUUUCCUCUCGGUGCUCGCUGCUCUCCGCUGCUCCACUGCGAUGCCCAGGCUGCACUGUUAGCCCGACCACUUUGCCCAAUCUCAGCGCCCUGACCCGGGGGAAGCACACCCGCCACCGCCGCGCCUUGUUGUUUUCUUUCCCUCGUUAUUCUCUCCGUUUGUUCCGGACAUGCCUAACAUCGUGCUUUUUAGCGGGAGCUCUCACCACGACCUCUCUCAGAAAGUGGCGGACCGCCUCGGACUGGAGCUGGGGAAAGUCAUAACUAAAAAAUUCAGCAACCAGGAGACGUGUGUCGAGAUCGGCGAAAGUGUGCGCGGCGAGGAUGUCUACAUCAUUCAGAGCGGCUGCGGUGAAAUUAACGACAAUCUCAUGGAGUUGUUGAUUAUGAUCAAUGCCUGCAAGAUCGCCUCAUCCUCUCGUGUCACUGCCGUCAUCCCCUGCUUCCCCUACGCCCGGCAGGACAAGAAGGAUAAGAGUCGGGCGCCCAUAUCGGCCAAGCUGGUCGCUAACAUGUUGUCGGUGGCCGGAGCCGACCACAUAAUAACCAUGGACCUCCACGCCUCACAGAUCCAGGGCUUUUUCGACAUCGCCGUGGACAACCUUUACGCAGAGCCCGCCGUUCUCCAGUGGAUCCGGGAAAAUAUCCCGGAGUGGAAAAACUGUAUCAUCGUGUCUCCAGAUGCAGGCGGAGCUAAGCGCGUGACAUCCAUCGCAGACCGCCUGAACGUGGAAUUCGCCCUCAUCCACAAAGAGAGGAAGAAGGCCAACGAGGUGGACCGCAUGGUGCUGGUGGGCGACGUCAAGGACCGCGUGGCCAUCCUGGUGGACGACAUGGCCGACACCUGCGGCACCAUCUGCCACGCCGCCGACAAGCUGAUCGAUGCCGGAGCAAUAAAGGUCUACGCCAUCCUCACACACGGGAUAUUCUCUGGUCCAGCCAUCUCCCGUAUCAACAACGCCCCGUUUGAGGCGGUGGUGGUGACCAACACCAUCCCCCAGGAGGAGAAGAUGAAGUCGUGCCCCAAAAUACAGGUCAUCGACAUAUCAAUGAUCCUGGCGGAGGCGAUCAGGAGAACCCACAACGGCGAGUCAGUGUCCUACCUCUUCAGCCACGUCCCCCUGUAAAGGACACGAGGAGACAGGACGCUCGGCUUGCACCUUUGGCCACAUCUCUGCCAGGAAGCCCUAAAGCCCCUGGCUGUUUUGGCCAAUCCCGUGUGACUUCUUCAAGGUCACGCCCCACGCAUUAUCAUUUGACAUUUCCACCUGGGAGGCAGAGCAAACCAUCACUUCCUUAUUUUGAAGACCAACAAGUUUCUAUUUAUGAGUUAUCACCUUUUUGUCUCUUUGUGUAUUGUUUUCUUCUUUUGUUUCAGCAUCAGCCUUGCCGACCUCGAACCCCAAACGUCUGACCGCCACUUUAACCAAAAGGGUCCAUUAAAUAGCAGAGUAUUUUUUUGUAAAUUUGCUAUGAAUUAAGCAUUCCAUGUUGUGAUGAUAAAUGUUUCACCCAUUCUGCUUCAUAAGAAGAAAAAAAGAAAAAUGGUGUGUGUGCGAGAUAGAGGUGCACCUUUUCCCUAAGUGUUCCCUUAACUGCUGCAAAGAGUAUUAAAACUUACAGGCUUAGUAAAACUGUUAAUUAGCUGACGCUGUAUUCAGUUAGAUUAAUAGCUUAUGCUCAGUAUUAAAAUCAGGAAAACAGGAGCAUUAAUGUUCCCGUUAAUUGCCUAAAAGCUCCCACACGCAGAACUACCCUGUCUAUAGUUUUGUACUUUAGACCACAACACAGGAGGCCGAGUGGGAAUAACAGACUCAACACACUGCAUCAACGUGUUUUCAGAUAUUCACCUUUUCAGUCCAAUAGUACUGAGCUUUAACAAAUGUGCUGAUGUGUCUUGCCUCUGCAGUUACAACUUCUGCACCUGAAUGAGCUGCUGUUUUUACUAGACAAAGCAACAACCUUCAUUAGUCAAUAUAUUUGUUUUGGUUAAAAAAAAAAAAAAAAAAAAUCACUGAAGUAAGUUAGUUGCUACUAAUAUUGGUCAGGUUUCACACGGGUGCACAAUCCAUGUUUCAAAAGGUCAUGUCAACUAAUUGAGCCCAAAGGUUGGUUAUGGGGGUAUAUUUCAGUUAGGAUGUAAGAUAAAGUCUUAAAAAAAAAAGUGUAAUUCUUACAGUUGUCGUGG